ACAAACCCAACCGAUUCUCAUCUUUCUCUCUCUCUCUCUCUCUCUCUCUCUCUCUCUUUUUAUUUUCCCUCUUUCUUUUCCUUCUCUGAACAAGGGAGAAAAGAUAUGGAGGCAGCCAUGGGAUUGAUGAGAAGAAUGCCACCAAAGCACUCCGAGACUACACUCUCCGCUCUCCUCUCUCUCUUGCCUCACCACUCCUCCGAUCUCCUCUCUCAAGUCGAUCAACCUCUUCAGAUUUUAUAUGAUGUGGACUAUGGGAAGGAAUUUAUUUUGUGCGAGUACAACAGAGAUGCUGACUCUUACAGGUCACCCUGGUCAAAUAAGUACCUUCCACCAUUGGAAGAUGCACCUUAUCCUUCUUCAGAGUUAAGAAAGCUUGAAAUUGAAGCUAAUGAGAUCUUUGCAAUCUACCGUGACCAGUAUUAUGAGGGUGGCAUUUCUUCAGUUUACAUGUGGGAAGAUGAUAAUGAAGGUUUUGUAGCCUGCUUUUUGAUUAAGAAAGAUGGGUCAAAGACAGGACAGGGUCGAAGGGGUUAUUUGGAGGAGGGAGCAUGGGAUGCUAUACAUGUUAUACAGGUCGGGCCAGAAGAGGAAGGAAUGGCACAUUAUUGCUUGACCAGUACAGUCAUGCUCUCUUUGACUACAGAUGAUGAGUCAUCUGGCACUUUCAAUUUGUCUGGAUCAAUUAGAAGACAGAUGAAUAUGGACCUUGCAGUUGCGGAGGGUCAUCUUUGUAACAUGGGAAGGAUGAUUGAAGAAAUGGAGGGCAAGCUUAGGAACUCUCUGGAUCAGGUUUAUUUUGGAAAGACUAAAGAGAUGGUUUGCACCUUACGUCCACCAUCAGAGGUAGUGCAGAUGAGAUUACCAGAUAGCUGAGAAAAGUUAUAGAAUUGGUUUGAAAAUGGUCAUCAUUCGUUUAUAUCUGGAGUUGGGAUUAUGUAUGUGAUUUGUACAUGUCGUGGAUGUUUAAUGUGCUUCUUUAGCAUUAGAAAACCUAUCAGAUAGAAAGAGUCUUUUUGUCCUCCUUUAUAAAGAUUUGAGUACACUUAUGAUUGAAAACUGGAAGUCAUAACAUGGUUGAACUCUUUUUUCCUAA